AUGGGAGCCUUUGAUUAUAUAAAGCAUGUUAUGAGGGAGCGGGUGGACUGGCGGAGGGUAACGUCAUUCACUGUGCCUCUUGCUUAACUCUUCUUGUUCACAGCACACACAGCAGCCAACCACAGCCAGAGGCCUUCUCAGUGCUCCUGUCUCAUAGUUAAGCACUCAGCAGUUUCUAGCCAAGCCCCAGGCCAGAGAGUUCAGCAGUGAGGGAGGUCAGAGGCAGGGGAGAGAUAGGUACAGGACACAGUUGGGCAAAAAUGGCUGACUAGACCUUUUCCAAGGUAAACCCAACACAGUAAAAGCUGCAGGGCACCUGUUACAAUGUUCUUUCAAUCAUAUUUCUCUGUAUUGUAUGCUGCCAUAGGUGUCUCAAGGUACCAUGAGCACUGAGCAGAAAACAAUAAUAACAGCUGUAACUUAGCUUUAGUUAUGACAGGUACUGUAGGUGUGGGUUAUUUUGUACUGUGAGCAGACAGCAAUAAUAACUGUGUUGCUUUGAUCAUAUACUGUGGGUUACUCUGUUAUCAUGUCAAUCAACUAUCCCAGGUCAACAUGUCUCAUUCUAAAGUGGAGGUUUGUGUGUGUUGUUAGAUUGCUGUAUUGUAUUAUUAGGUGAUUGGCAGCAAAGAGAGAGAAAGGCAGGAUGGAAUUCCAGUUGAAUAAAUAAGUCUUCCUGUUUUCUGAGAGAGGUCUGUUUGUAGCUCCGGUCAGGAGGUGCUCACACACACACACGCGCACACACACACCCACCCACACACACAUGCACACACAUGCGCAUGCACGCACGCACGCAUGCACACACACACACACACACACACACACACACACACACACACACUACUGACUGUUGCCUAUAUCUGAAUUCACUCUAAAACAUGUACAGCUGGCUAAACUCAGCAAGAUAUGGAUGUUUAAAAAAUAAGUGGUUUCUCCCCCAAACCUUGAGCAUUUGAAGUGUGACCGGGAACUACACUGUGCAUGGUCCUGGCUCUUGCGAAACAUAAACUCCAAUAUUUGUGGAUGAUGUUUGAAAAGCUACUGAAGUGGUUCCCAAUUAAUUCUGGCUGUGCUGUUCACCAUAUUUACAUUUGAGUCAUUUAGCAGACGUUCUUAUCCAGAGCGACUUACAGUUAGUGAGUGCAUACAUUUUCAUACUUUUUUCAUACUGGCCCCCCGUGGGAAACAAACCCACAACCCUGGCGUUGCAAGCGCCAUGCUCUACCAACUGAGCUACACGGGGCUAAUGGGAAGAUUCAUCUCCUACUCUGGCCGUUCAGCAGACACACACAAAUGCACACACAUACACACACGCACAAACAUGCACGCACAUGUACACACACACACGAAAGGGGACAUAGGACUCCAACAAUAGACUGUACUCUCUGACUGGACGGACUCGGACUUGACGUAGUGCAGGACCUGAUCACCCAUGUCUCUGAUUUAUGAACCCGAUCGAACAUCUCUGGAGAGACCUGAAAAUAGCUGUGCAGCAAUGCUCCCCAUCCAACCUGAUAGAGCUUGAGAGGAUCUGCAGAGAAGAAUGGGAGAAACUCCCCAAACACAGGUAUGCCAAGCUUGUAGCGUCAUACCCAAGAAGAUUCAAUUGUAAUUGUAAAAGCUGUAAUUGCUGGCAAAGGUGCUUCAACAAAGUACUGACUAAAGGGUCUGAAUACUUAUGUAAAUGCAAUAUUUCUGUUUUUUAUUUUUAAUACAUUUGCAAAAAUGUAUCCAACACGGAACAAGAUCCCACAAACACUGUGGGAAAACCACCUGACUAAAUAUGGUUCCCAAUCAGAGACAACCAGCAACAGCUGAUACUCGUUGCCUCUGACUGAGAACCACUCUGGCCAACAUAGAUAUACAAAAACUAGACUAGACACAACGAGCACAAAACAUAAACUCUACACACCCUGGCUCAACUUAAAAGAGUCCCUAGAGCCAGGGCUUGACAGUAACGUAACAAAAUGUGGAAAAAGUAAAGGGGUCUGAAUACUUUCCAAAUGCAAUUUGUUGCAAUUAUAUAUAUAUAUAUAUAUAUAUAUAUAUAUAUAUAUAUAUAUUUUUUUUUUUUUUUUUUUUUUUUUAUAUGAUUGUAGAGGAUGUCUUCAUUGAUCACACCUUUGAUUACACAUUGGAUAGUUAUUAUGGAAAUUAUAGGUUUUCUGUCAAUUUUUUGGGGGGUAAUGUAAAGUGUAUUGCCUAAUGUAAAAACUGUGUAAUCUACAGGCACAAGAAUACAUUAAGUGAAUGAGCAUGCGGUGAAGUGCAGCUUCGAGAAUAAUUUUAGCCUUUGAACUGGUAGAGUAGAGAGGGUGGGUUGGGGUAAUGGUGUAAUGGGUUUUAACUUUGGACCGAACAAUUUAACAGCAGACACACAUCAUUAAGUACAGACAGGAGUAAUCUAUCUAACGAUAAUGAUGAUUUCUGUAUGAGUAUGCGUUGUUCUCUCUUUUGGUGUGUGUAACUCUUUUUACAUUGACUGAAUUAGCAUCAGUUCCAUCAGAGGAAUCAUUCACUGCUGGUGGUCUACAGGCCUCUCUAAUGGUGACGAAAACAUGCCCUUUAAUAGCUUGAUUUUUGGUUGAUUCUGUGUCAGUCUUUGUCAGAUUCUUUCGACAGAGGCACUCAGCUCAUGUGUUGGAUAUACAGUAAAACAUUGAAUUAUUCUGCUCUGGCUUUGGACAGAUGAAAAUGAUCGUUUGGUUUCAAAGCAGUGCCUUGUUUUACAAAUAAGUUCAAAGUUCAUAGUUCAAUUUUUAUGGUUACAUUGGGAAAGGGGCACAGUAACUUAUUAGUGGUAGCGGUUUUGUUUUAUUGCCUUUGGCUGGCCUUGCAUGUUUUUAUGACUGCUGAUGUGACCAGCAGUUGGGGUUGGGCUGAGACUACAUGCUAGACUACCCAUACUGCACUGGUGUAUUGUACUGUACUGUACACACAUCUGGAUGGAGAGAGAGCCAGACUCCUUCCGAUUCUCAUCACUCCCGGCAGGCCCAGUCAAAGGAAACCGGGGGACACAAUUUCAGGAAGUUUUCUUUGGCCCGAGCGAAAACCAAAAAGUAGAGUUAUGAAUUGAUGCCGGUCCAUUUUUAGCAAUGUUGGGUUGGGAAAUCGAGGGACUGGGAGUGGGGAUUGGGAACAGAGUGAUCCUGGCUAAAACCACUGUAAUGUUUAUAAUGUUUGUGUCAGACCGACAUGGCACUUCUUUGAAAUAACCUCCGUACACUAUCAUUCACUGUCACUGAUGAUGCAUAUGAUGGCCAUUGUAAAAUGUAUGUAAUAUCCGACCACAUCAAAAGCGAUAAAGAGUAUUAUUUCCUUUCUGAAUAGAGUUACCCAUUCAGAGUUAACUGCGUAUUGACAACUGGGUUUCAUCAUGGUAGUACAGCAUUAGUAAAAGUUGCCAUCUUUGCAUGUCACCGAGUCUUCUUGACCUUGUGAUCUUUGGGAACUACACUGUCACGUGUUGAAUGAAUCAUAAAUCACAUUUUCGUUGGAAGGAGGCUAGAGUUUACAUCUUAAUGUCACAAUGAGCUUGCAUGCUCGGCCCUGACGAGAGCCCAGCUCAAUGCAUCUCAUCGCUAACUGCCAACCACUUACUAUACUGCCAGAUGAGAGGGUUUUAAGGGGCAAUCCCCCUCCCUGUCUCCAGCAAUGUGACUCUCAAACCCACAGUGGCAUGAUAAGUGACCUCCCUUCUCUCUCUCUCGCCCCCCCCCCCCCCCCGCCCUCGCUAUCUUUCUCUCUCUCUCCCUCUAUCCCUCCCUCUCUCUCUCUAGGGACCUGAGGAAUAAUUUGAUUAGCACGGUGGAGCACGGGGCCUUCCGUGGACUGAUGGCUCUUAGGAGACUGUAAGUAUGAAGGGGGUUGUCAUAGUGGGUGGGCUACACAGAGGGACAAGGCCAGGGUCUUAUGGGGGCAUUGGUGAGGGGAGGGCUGGGAGAGGGGUGGGUUAUUACACUGUGACAAUUAUGACAUCAUAAUUAAAAAAGAAGCAGUAAAUUCAUUAUUUCCUGAAGUGGUAGAUAAAACACACACACACACACUCCUCUCUCUCUCUUCUCUCUCUCUCUCUCUCUCUCUCUCACACACACACCUAAGCAUGCACACACACUCGCACAAAGUUGGUCAUAGAUAAACCCUGCAGCGUAAAUUACUUAAUUCCAUCAUGAUUGUUAGGGGGUUUUAGGCUGCUGGGGUGUUGCAGCAGGCACGUGCGCCAGGUUCUGGGAGCAGCAGAGUGCUAAUUUAAGUGCUCCCCAACUGGUGAUUACUCGAGUGCCUUGCUUAUUUUCCCACAGCUGCUCCAGCAAAGCAGCUCUUUCAUUACAGAGGGGAAGGGCACAGAGCCAAGACAGCCCUCUAUAAGUGUGUGUGUGUGUGUGUGUGUGUGUGUGUGUGUGUGUGUGUGUGUGUGUGUGUGUGUGUGUGUGUGUGUGUGUGUUGUGUGUGUGUGUGUGUGUGUGUGUGUGUGUGUGUGUGUGUGUGUGUGUGUGUGUGUGUGUGUGUGUGUGUGUGUGUGUGUGUGUGAAUGGUAAUGUGAGGGGUGAAGGGUUAACAGAAGGUUAGGGUUGAUAUCCCGCGAGUUGGAAUAAAUAAACAUUGGACUGGUGGUUUAACAUCAUAGUUCCUUGAGCUGCUUAAUAAGCUCUCGUUAUUACGUUAUUAUGAGAGGAGACGGCACAAAACACAAACACACACUUGUUGUCACAGCCAAGCGCAUUCUGUAUUAUCUCAUGCCAGCUCUCCGGCGAUGAUCAGUGCUCUUAAUGCUUUAAGUCAGAUGGGCUUGGCUUAUCUCUAAGCCAUAAUUUAAAGUUAGCUUUUUGUCCUUAUAGGGAUCUGUCCAACAAUCGGAUUGGCUGCCUCGCUCCUGAAAUGUUUGUAGACCUUGGCAAUCUCUCUAAAUUGUGAGUAAUCUCUGAUUUGAAAACAUACAGCACUGUACGCAUAAUUUGAGAUGUUUUGAGAUCUAGGAGAUAUGUUGUUUCUCUUAGAUAAGGCUGUUUCAAAAUAAUGCAACAGCAGAUACUGUGGCUUUUGUACUUGUUCAAAGUAAACUGGUUUGAUGUGUAUUUGACCUUUUUUCCCCACAGGAAUCUAUCUGGAAAUAUUUUUUCCUCCUUGCCGGUGGGAUUAUUCACACACCUCCUGUCUCUCAAAGUCCUGUAAGAAAACAAAAUGAAACAACACACACACACACGCACCCUAAAAACAAAUUGUCACUCACACACUGUACCAAAAUGACACCUACACACAGUGCGAUGAUGGUUGUAACGCCGUUGCCGUAUCCCCUCAGGCACUUCUCUACAGAGUCUCUGUUCUGUGACUGUCAGCUGGAGUGGCUUUUGCCGUGGGCCAGGGCAAACGGCGUGCGUCUGGGCAACGACACCCUGUGUGUUCAUCCCACACACCUCCACGGCCUGGAGGUCCGCAACCUGAGGGAGACACAGCUCAGAUGUGGUAUGUUAUCCGAAUCUUCCCUGCUGUCUGUCGGAUCACCCCUCUGUGUAUGUGAGGUGAGUGAAUGGCCUGUGAGGAAGAGAUGGAGGAGAGCUCUGGGGACUGGUGAGGUAGCUAGCUAGAGUGCUCUGGUGUUUCCAGCUCUGCUCUGUGCUGUGCUGUGUGCUGUUCUGUGUGCUCUGAGUCAUGGGGGGAAUCACAUCUUAAUUCUGAUAGCAGCUCUCCCCCUGCUCUGCUCCUACACUCCCCAUAUCCUGCACACGCUUAGAGGAUAUUGCACCGGGAUGAGAAAAUAACCUGAGUCACUGCUCGAAAAUGGAAAUUGGGUGGGGGUUGUGUGUGUGUGCGUGUGGUGGGGGGGGUUAGGGUUCAAGAUACAACAAUUGAGAGAUCAUAUUACAUGAGGGGUACCUAACAAAGGUCUUUGAUGGUGGAGAUGGCAUUUGACCAGCCCACUAGAGUUGUUGUAGUCGCGCCAUGCAUCUUAGCUGUGGAUUUCUUUAGAAUAAGAAUGUCCAAAAAGAAAAAAAUUCAGGAAGAUUUGAAAGAAGUAUUUGGAUCCAACCACUUUUUUAGAAUUGCCUUUUUGGCAGCAGUUAGGGUAUACAUUAACAAUUUCAUUGAAUCCAAUAGAAUAUCACAAGUAUUUCCUAGUAGAAACAGACCAAGAGACAUAGGUACAUUUCCAUCUAUCAAGUUGCGAUGAAGGUAUUUAACGUAUUUCAAGAGGUCAGAGACCACUAGGCAUUCCCAAAACAUAUGUACAUAGGUCCCGACAGAUUUGUCACUGUCGGGACAAUCUAUGACGUUAAAAUACCUAUUUACACUGUUCUGCGCAAUCCACUGUCUCAUCAACCCAGUCAGGCGCUUAUAAACUUGAUCUCCACUAUAAAAAGCAUCUAGACCAGGGCUGCCCAACCCUCUUCCUGGAGAUCUACCGUCCUGUGAGUUUUCAGUCCAACCCUAAUUUAACACACCGGAUUCUACUUAUUAGCUGCUCAACAAGACCUUAACUAGCUGAAUCAGACACGCUAAAUUAGGGUUGGACUGAAAACCUACAGGACAGUAGAUCUCCAGGAAGAGGGUUGGGCAGCCCUGAUCUAGACAGUUCUUUUAGACUAACAUUUGGUUUUCAACAGUGGAGAUUUGUAUAAACCUUGCUGUCUGUCUCUACGACAUUUGCAACAUUGUUUCAAUAUUCAAAUUCGAUCUCCUGCUGUCCCAUAGUAUUGAACGUGUCGGGAGUCGGGACGAGACAGAAAGGCAGGCAGCGUUUCUCAGCCAGUCGAAAUCAUGAAUCAGCUGGCAUCAUUUUUAUGGAUAUAUACACACAAAAAAAUCAUUGAAAAAAGGUAAAACGAAACGCAGCUCAUGUGCAGUCUUUCCAGCUUCAGUUUGAAGUGAUUGUGUUACUGUAGCUGUGUUGUUGGCUAGCUCCUAUGAACAACAGUGUCCUGACGAGUGAGCAGAUGUUCUAUGCCAGGCGAAAUCACGCCUCAUUAGCUCAUUGUUAUGGAUGUAUCCAAAUACAUGUCACUAGAAAACAGCUUAAACAAAUGCAAAUGCAGAUACUUUGCUGGCUGUUAUUCUGACUGAAUAUUUUGGUGUAACUGUAAAUUAGCCGUAGUUGGCUAGCUAGCAAGCAAGGGAUAAGAACGUUGCCAGCCAGUAUGGCAAUGGAACAUUUAGAACGAAAGACUGGGUCGCGUCUAUAGAUACAGAACAAAAACACUAUACGACUGGGUCGCGUCCAUAGAUACAGAACAAAAAUAACGAACGACUGGGUCGCGUCUCUAGCAACCCUAGAUUUAUGUCGGGACUAUGUCUUGUGAAAGGAUGAAAUAGUACGAAUAAAUUAAUCUAAAUAACGUCACAUUUAAAUAUGUCAAUCAUUAUUUGAAUAUGUUGGUAACCCGUUGUAUAAAAGUGAUAAUGCCCUCGAAGCCGGUGUUUGUUGGAUAUAUUGGCACGGUUUGUCAGCCCUCGACUUCAUCUCGGGCCUAACAACACCCGUGCCAAUAUAUCCAACAAACACCGGCUUCGAGGGCAUUAUCUCUUAAUCAUGUGUUUGUUUGUGCAGAUCGUUGUAUUCACACACUUCUUAUUCACGUACCCUACCAGAUACAUUCUGAAGUUAUUAUAUGUAAUACUGAGUGUGUUUUUUUUUUAUUAUGUGGAACAAUCCAAGCAAUUACUGGGUAAUUCCACACAGUCUUAUUGCAUAAAGCCAAGAGUGGAAUUAGGAUUGUUGGAAUAGUGAAUUGUCCUUUCAGCCUAACACAUCCAUUAUGGGAUUACCGUGCAUGCCUCCGUGGGAUUUUACUCCAUCUACAAAAGCCUCCUACAAUACCUUAUUUAUUUGCUUGGCAAGAGCCAUCUUCAAUUGGACACAGUAGAGUGCUCUAACAACCUCUUCUUGUAAUGUUAUUUUCAGCCUAUUAUCUCCAUAUGGGUUCACUUUAUGUCAUGGGAAUGCAGCAAGGCUAUACUGUGGCCAUCAGCAUUUCAUCACGUAUCAGUUGUGUUUGUUCAGCACCUGAUGCUAUGGGUCAAGGUAUUACUGAGAAUGACAGUCGAUAAGAUGCCAAUUGACAAAGCUACCCCUCCAACUCAUACCAAACAAGAGAUUUGUCUCUAUUCAUUAGGUUGAACUAUUAGGUUGCACUGUAAUUCCAUCCAUGCCGUCCUUUUUUUUAUUUUCUUCUAUCCUACUUCUCCAAAGUGAUGUAAUGAGUAGCAGAUGUCAGGGUGAACACAUUUUAAAGUGCUUCUCCUCCUUUCGUCUGUCUGACAUGGCGUUCGGGUUGAAUGUCAUUCUCAAGCGAGGGGGAACGAAUGGAGGGAGGAGAGGUUUCCAGACAGGAUCAGGUGCUUCCUCAGAUGGGGGUCAGGGCAACGUCUGUUCAGCUCAUCUUACACUGAGAAAUAAGGAACAUGGCCCUCUACUUCUGUUUCCUCAAGGCUCAUCAGUGAAAACCAGGCAGGGCCUCUUUGUGGAAUUCAUUAAUGGAAUACAUAGCAGAGAUUGGUUGAUUCUGGUGUAGUGUCUGGUGUUAUUAUUUGUUAUAUUAAGCCAAGGCAGUGACAUGGUCCUCUUAUGGUCACUACAGGCCUUAUGCAUAUAGACCAAUAUGCCCUUCAGAACCUGUGGUCAGGCCAGUAGAACUUGGUUUGAAGUUUAAUCAACUCCAUAUUCUGAAAAAGACAGAAUAUUAUCCAAGCAACAUCUGGAUACAAUAAGAAAUGUGGAAAGUGUGUGUGAAAGGGCCUAAUCGAAUUGAGGAAAUGGAAGGGUUGGACUUGUUUUGAUUAAUUAGGAGAUUCUCAUUUAAAGGCUUCCCAUCCUGAAUGAUGUGGCUCACUCACAGACUGACUUAGCAGUUGUGGGUGGAUGGGUGGGACUAGCCUGGUCGCAGAUCUGUUUGUGCUGUCUUGCCAACUCCUAUGGUCAUAGUUGUGUUUGGCGAGACAGCAUUAACAGAUCAGGGACCAGGCUUUGGUGGAGCUGUUUGAAUGGUUUCCUCUGUGGACUGCUGCCAGAUGUUUGGCCAUGUGUCCACUCACUGCAGGACUAGGACCAGCCAUAGCAGCUGCUCGGCACGCCCCUCCUGCCAGGGAACACAGGUCAAUCUGGUCAAAACCCUAGAGUCUAGGGGCCUGGGGCUGGGUUUCUACUAAGCUAACAUAUGGAAUUGUUUUAAGAUGGUCUUACCAAGGAUCAUUUAGCUAUUUGAUUUGGAAUUUUAGGACCCCUGUCAGUACCUAUAAUUUCUUGUAUAUAUGUAUUUAAAUAUUUGAUAAAACAUUGAAUUUGGCCUGCUAUUAGCCCAUAUAAACGCAUUUAAUAACAGAUUCAUACUUGGAAAAACAAAUAGUCCGAAAAUAUGUUUUGAAGUGUCUGUGUCCUAUAUCUGAGAGAUAUAAGGACUCAGAAAAAAUAUAUAAUAAUUUUACCAUGGAAUGACCCGUAUACCUCUGAUGUCGAAAUGCCCUAUUCACUUCCAUAACAUUUUCGUCCUGGUACCGGGUUACCUUCAGAUGAGUCUGUGACACUUGUGGGGGUCGUAGAGAAAAAUGGAGAACACCAUCGUGUUCGUGAGAGUCUCAACUUUCCAUAGAGAGGUCAUAUACAGUGCAUUCAGAAAGUAUUCAGACCCCUUGAAUUUUUACACAUUUUGUUACAUUACAAACUUAUUCUAAAAUUGAUUAAAUUGAUUUUUUCCCUCAUCAAUCUACACACAAUACCCCAUAAUGACAAAGCAAAAACAGUUUUUUUGAUAUUUCUACACAUUUAUUAAAGAUAAAAAAACAGAAAUAGCUUAUUUACAUAAGUAUUCAGACCCUUUACUAUGAGACUCGAAAUUGACCUCCGGUGCAUCCUGUUUUCAUUGAUCAUCCUUGAGAUGUUUCUACAACUUGAUUGGAGUCCACCUGUGGUAAAUUCAAUUGAUUGGACAUGAUUUGAAAAGGAACACACCUGUCUAUUAAAGGUCCCACAGUCGACAGUGCAUGUCAGAGCAAAAACCAAGCCAUGAGGUCGAAGGAAUUGUCCAUAGAGCUCAGAGACAGGAUUGUGUCGAGGCACAGGUCUGGGGAAGGAUAUAAAAAAAAUUCUGCAGCAUUGAAGGUCCCCAAGAACACAGUGGCAUCCAUCAUUCUUAAAUGGAAGAAGUUUGGAACCACCAAGACUCUUCCUAGAGCUGGCUGCCCGGCCAAUCAAAGCAAUCGGGGGAGAUGGGCCUUGGUCAGGGAGGUGACCAAGAACCCGAUGGUCACUUUGACAGAGUUCCAGAGUUCCUCUGUGGAAAUGGGAGAACCUUCCAGGACAACAACCAUCUCUGCAGCACUCCACCAAUCAGGCCUUUAUGGUAGAGUGGCCAGACGGAAGCCACUCCUCAGUAAAAGGCACAUGACAGCCCGCUUGGAGUUUGCCAAAAGGCACCUAAAGACUCAGACCAUGAGAAACAAGAUUAUCUGGUCUGAUGAAACCAAGAUUGAACUCUUUGGCCUGAAUGCCAAACCUCACAUCUGUAGGAAACCUGGCACCAUCCCUACAGUGAAGCAUGGUGGUGGCAGCAUCAUGCUGUGGGGAUGUUUUUCAGCAGCAGGGACUGGGAGACUAGUCAGGAUCGAGGGAAAGAUGAACAGAGCAAAGUACAGAGAGAUCCUUGAUGAAAACCUGCUCCAGAGCUCUCAGGACCUCAGAGAUUCACCAUCCAACAGGACAACGACCCUAAGCACACAGCCAAGACAACACAGGAGUGGCUUCGGGACAAGUUCCUGAAUGUCCUUGAGUGGCACAGCCAGAAUCCGGACUUGAACCCGAUCUAACAUCUCUGGAGUGACCUGAAAGUAGCUGUACAGCGACGCUCCCCAUCCAACUUGACAGAACUUGAGAGGAUCUGCAGAGAAUAAUGGGAGAAACUCCCAAAAUACAGGUCUGCCAAGCUUGUAGUGUCAUACCCAAGAAGACUUGAGGCUGUAAUCGCUGCCAAAGGUGCUUCAACAAAGUCCUGAGGAAAGGGUCUGAAUACUUACGAAAAUGUUAUGAUUCAGUCUAAAAACCUGUUUUUGCUUUGUCAUUAUGGGCUCUUGUGUGUAGAUUGAUGAGGAAGAAUAACAAUGUAAUCAAUUUUAGAUUAUGUUUGUAACGUAACAAAAUGUGGAAAAAGUCAAGGGGUCUGAAUACUUUCCGAAUGCACUGUAUUAGUGUGUAGCCUAAAUCGUUCAGACGCUUCAGACAGAAGUUGGCACUAGGGGUGUAAACGUUUAAAUGUUUAAAUGACAUUGGGAUUGUUAACAUUUAGAAUAAAUAUUUGGGCAAUUUUUUUUUGACACUUUUUUUUAAAAUCCAAAAUUAAAAUCACAGUGCAGUUAUCACAAAACUACCACUAACAGGUCCCAAUCAUCAAAAUCAAAUUGAUUGGUCAGAUGUUAUUGUGAGGGUUGUGAAAUGCUUGUGCUUCUAGUUCCGGCAGUGCAGCAAUAUCUAGCAAGUAAUAUCUAACAGUUCCACAACAAAUAUCUAAUACACACAAAUCUAAGUAAAGGAAUGGAAUAAGAAUAUAUAAAUAUAUGGAUGAGAUAGAAGCUGUUUUUCAGUCUCUCUGUCCCAGCUUUGAUGCACCUGUACUGACCUCGCCUUUUUGGCCUUCCUGUGACAUCGGGUGCUGUAGAUGUCCUGGAGGGCAGGUCGUUUGCCCCCGGGAUGUGUUGUGCAGACCGCACCACCCUCUGGAGAGCCCUGGGUUGUGGGCGGUGCAGUUGCCAUACCAGGCGGUGAUACAGCCCGACAGGAUGCUCUCAAUUGUGCAUCUGUAAAAGUUUGUGAGGGUUCUAGGUGACAGGCCAAAUUUCUUCAGCCUUCUGAGGUUGAAGAGACGCUGUUGCGCCUUCUUCCCCAAACUGUCUGUGUGGACCAUUUCAGUUUGUCAGUGAUGUGUGCGCCAUCAUCAUGAAGGGAAACAUACAAAUAGAAACAAUACCUCAUGCAACAAUGCUGUAAAGUUAGUUGUAGGAAAUAUGCAUCUUUCAAAUUAUUUGCCACGGAUAUACAGUACAGCGCUCCACACGUCAUCGUCGUUAACUGUUGGAAAAAUGGCAGUGUGAGACAGGGAAGCGACAGCAGCGAAGUCCUGUAUGGCAAUACUUGAGAAAGUGAUGAAAUAAAUGCAAUAUUUGCAAGGUGGAAUUGAGCUACAGUGGCAGUACAGGUGCAAUGCUUAACCAUCUGAAAGGGAGGCAUCCCCAACCCGUUGCUGGCAGCAGUGCGAUAAUGGACAGAGUGAGAAAAUCACAGCGCUGAUUACAGUUGAUAUGCAGCCAUUGUCAAUGGUAGAGGAUGUCGGCUUCACUGCCCUGAUGGCAUAUCUAGAACCAGACUACAAGAUGCCAUGUCGACAAACCGUGACAGCCUGGAUGGAGAAAUUGUACAAUGAUUGCUCUGCAAGGACAAAAUGCGAGCUCUCAAACACCAUACGUGGCAUUAACAACGGAUUGUUGGACGUCUAUGAACAUGCUGUCAUACAUCACUGCAACGAGCAAUCACAUUGAUGAGAAGUGGGACAUGCAGUCCUAUGUACUGACAAUUGAGAACAUGGAGGAGAGAGACACAGCAGAGAACAUAAAACGUAAUUAACUACCACUGUUGCUGAGUGGGUGGGGGACAGCAGUAAGGUGAGCGCCGUCUGGUAAGUAGCCAGGACUGCGGUAGAUCGAACUGCAUUGCCCCCUAGCUGUCAUACGCAGGAUCAUAUCAGAAUUGAGACUUCUCAUUUUAUGAUUUUUUUCUUAUUGUUUAAAUGUUUAAACAAUAAAAUAAAUUGCAGUUGAAACGUUAAGAACAAUUAUACAUUUGUGACAUCCCUAGUUGGCACAUUGUCGGUAUCGACUUCAGAUGAGUCCCGUGACACUUGUGGGGGUCAUAGAGUCAAACCGUUCGGACGGUACAGAAGUUUUUGUGAGAACUGAUUUUCGGGAUGUCUCCUGGUCUGACAAACACCGCUGUAGCUCUGCCACCUUCCACCACAGUGAAUUGAGAGACAGCCCUUGCAAAAAAAAACAUCUCUAGCUUCAACAGACAGAUUUUGAAAGGGAUUUUUGUAUUAUGCUAAUUAGAUUUCCACGCAGGCGAGAACAUUGACUCUAGGGGGUUGUGUUAACUGCAGCCCAGAGACCCUCGCAGAGCUUAGCCCUGGCAUCUAGGGAUCCUCGCACCAUCACACACACUUACACACACAUGCACGCACACACGCACGCAUACUAGCAUACACACACACACAAAUAGGGCAUUGUCCUGGCUUUUCCUCGUGCCAUUACACACACACAGUGGCUCAACACCCCUACUUCAUCAACACACACAUACUGUACACACCAGGAAAACACACACACACACACUCACACAAUCUCACCUUGGCAGCGCCUGAUAGGCACAGGCCAUCUGCCACUCUGAUCCUUUGGCACUGAGUGUUGAUUCAACAGUAUGAGCAUAACAGCAGGUCAACAGUCCAUCGCCCCAUCCUGUUUUGCUGUGGUACCAUUUAGCCAGCUGCAGUCAGCUACAGGGUGGUGUCACUGGCCCAGUAGAUAAGCAUGUUAAUUGCGUACAGCAGCACAUAUGUCUUCUAUCUGUUAUUUGUAUGCAUUAUUACCAUUUAUGUAUGCAUUAGAGUAUGCAUACAUAAAAGCAAGGUCUCGCUAAAUCGACCUUGAUCGUUUCUCAGAUCAUACAUUAAAUUAUACAUUUAUUGGCUCUGUUAUUGGCUUAGUUUAACCAUCUCCAGAGAGAUGAAAUGGAGCCGUGCCUUUGCUUUGUCACUAUCUCUCAGUAAGGGUUGAGUAGUUUACUUUCUAAAUGUAAUCUGUUACAGUUACUAGUUACCUGUCCAAAAUUGUAAUAAGUAACACAACUUUUGGAUUACGCAAACUCAGUAACGUAAUCUGAUUCAUUUUUCCCUUAAGAGGCAUUAGAAGACUAAACGGAUCCAUAAAACACAUUUGGUGUGUCAUCAUAGUGGUCUCUGACUUGUGGUCAUAGCAUUUACAAUGUAGAUGUAAUGUAGCCAGAGACGUAGGCGUUUUAACUGAAUGUAUCAGCAGCCAUAAAUUGGAGCGCUUUACGACCCAUGUACUGAAUGGCCUGUCACACUGUAUUGCUAGCACUCCCCAUUGAUCUGAAUGGAACUGACGGUAGAGUGGCGCUUAGCUGACUCCUUGGAGCAUGUCCAAGGAAAUGUCUUUAUGUGUCCAAUCAAACAUGUUCCCUGUGUUCGGAGGAAUACCCAAGUACCACAGCGAGCCAGUACACUGCAAUGAUCUCAGAUCAGUAUGUAGAAGUGCGUCCGAUGCAUACAGCACCAGGUACAGUGCUAGCAUUUUCUUAUCGUUUUCUAAAACUGGUUUUUAUAUAGCCAACAACCACAAAAAUUAUCAUUAUUCUGGUAGUGAAUGAUUUGAAUGGUUGUAAAUCCUCUAUAUUCCCAACAGCUUUUGUUAAUUCCUACAAGCACAAUGCUUUCUCCUGAUUGAUAAUGUGUGAAUGUGUAUUUGUGCAUAUUGUAUAUGUUUAUAUACAUUUGCAAUACUGUAUUACUGACAAGAUUUCAGUCAUGGGGAAUCAUUCAUUUUGAUUCCCCCCCUCCCCUGCCAUUCCAAUACCGCAACAGUCUCUCCUUCGCUCUGGAUGAAUGAGUUCUCCCCUUCUCCUCUCCCUCUCCCUGACCCUCUCCCUGGUGUCCUCCUCUCCUCCUCUCCAGAUGGGCCUCUGGAGCUGCCCCUGUUCCAGCUGAUCCCUUCCCAGAGACAGGUGGUGUUCCGUGGGGACCGGCUGCCGCUGCAGUGCACUGUGUCCUACCUGGACCCCUCAGUCACGCUCCUCUGGCGCCACAAUGGCCACGUCGUCCACAGCAAUGAGGACAGGGGCGUCUACGUAGAGGAUACCCUGGUCCACGACUGCUGCCUGCUCACCGGGUAGGGGGAACCGGGGACGUGAGGGGAGAGCUAAUCGCUGUCGCACAGACACACCCAUGCGUUACAGUUGUGCAGUGCAGUACUCUCACACACAUGCAUGUAUGUGCUCAUGCGGUACAGUUUUGCAGUACACACAAACACUCACAUCACUGCAUCUCGCUAACCAUGCUCACAUGCACUGACAGACAAUCGCACGCAUCUGUGCAGAAACACACACACUCUUCCCCUUCUCUCCCUUAUUGUAGCCGUGAUUGACCUUGUGUUAUCGUCCGCCCUUGAUAGGGAUCUGAAAGGACAGGGACAGAAUAGGGUUGGCGGCAUGCCAACGCCUCUGGAAGCUAAAUCAGUGCCCCUCUCAGGAUGUUUGCGGAGCGCUCCGAGAAUGUUGCCGUAGUGCUCGGCGAUCACAUGCUAACAGGAACAGUUGCUAAAUCUUAAUUACAGUGAUAAUGCGGGCAACAAUGCUGCUUUUCUCACAUUUCGUGGCUCUUUGUUUUCUCUCCAUGCUGCUGUUAUUGUUAGCUUGGCGGCAGACCUGUGUUCAAAUACUAUUUAAAAUCAUUUCAAAAACUUUAUCUGUGCUCAAUUGAGCUUGCCUGGCUUAUUGGACCAAUCAAAUCUUCCCAAACCUGUAAAACCCGCCCAUCUGGUCCUCUAAGCAGGCUAAAGCAAACACUCAAAGUAUUGGAACGAUUUCAAAUAGUAUUUGAACCCAGGUCUGCUUGGCUCGGCGGUAAGCAAGCUCAUAUGGAGGAGCACAUUGCCGUUGAUUAGUUUAACUGCUGCUACACUCUGAGCAGGGGGCUCUAACAUAAAUAUUGAUGGUGCUGACAGAAAUAAGUUUCCCUGUGUCAACAGGGCCGGAAUGCUUGUUGUCACGGUUUACAUAGCGCAAGGAAUGCCAGCUCUUUACCCAGUUCUUGGAAAGAUACCGACCCAGAAUACCGUAGCUCCCACUGCGACCGAUUUGACCAACAUUGCCACUUGUAUGAUGUUGAAGUUUACUAUUAUGUUCUAUUCUCUAUAGCUUUGUGGCUGAGUUGAUUGUCUCCAAGUAUGAGGAUGAGUGA